AUGUUGCAGCAGCUAACACUUGUAGCCCUUUUACUGGGUAUAUACGGGGUGUUAGCGCAUGCCGUUGACGUCAAAGAAUCAACCAAAGUAGAAGAUGAGGCAUAUGGAUAUUGUCCUCCAGGAUACUGGUGCAAGAAGAAGCGGGAGUUUGACAGUGCUGAAUGCCCACGGGGAUUUUUGUGCCGGUCAAAAAGAAGCUAUGGAUGCCCCCCGGGUUAUUGGUGCCGGAGAAGUGAACUAGUGGUAGAUCGCGAGACCAAUCCAGAAGACUGCGGAGAGGGGUUAGUAGCAGUUAUUCAGUACAUUUUUGUAACAUCAGAAGAGUAAAUCGCGCCUUCUAAUUGGUAAAUUACCCAUUUACUAUUUACCCUUGGGUGAAUACUGAGGAAAGCUGGCGCGCGAUUAAAGCCGUGCGCGUGACUUAUUGGGCGACCAUAUUUUGCUUUUUCCUCAGAGUUUUAAGAAAUAAGAAAAAUAGGACGGAAAUUUCAAAAGCUGUGUUGUUUUUGUUUCGUAGUAAAUGGUGCAGGAUAAGCAAAACGAUGAUAAGUGAGCCUCGUUCUAUGGGUUGUCCCCCUGGUUACUGGUGCAGAAAGAAGAGAUCAACCGAUAUCCUGUCGGAAAGAAAUUGCCCUCGCGAUUUCCACUGCGAUAGCAAGAAAGAAGCUGAUGCUGGCUGCCCCCCAGGGUACUGGUGUAAAAAGAAGAGGGACAUGAUAGAAACACCGACAAAGAAAAGUGAAUGCCGCAGGGGGAUGUGGUGCAAGAAACAACUCCCAUCUUAA